AUAUACAUAUUAACAGAGCUUUUCGCAUUUCAAUUUCACGUUUUCUGUGCAAAAUAUACUAGCUAAUACACCUUAUAUUUUAUCAGUGCCAACAAUCUUGCAAUGUAAUAAACAAAACCGAUUGUUGGUCAGUGUCAACAGUUCAUGUUAUUCAAGUGGCUAAUGAGAUAAGGUCAGUGUAAGUUAAUCUUCACUUAUUAUAAAAAUUGCAUAAAUCAUCCAUCAUGAGCGGUUCGGUGUGCAAAAGAUUGAUUGGAAAAAUAGCUGUUGUCACAGCUUCAACUGAAGGCAUUGGAUUGUCUAUAGCAGAAAGGUUUGCUCAAGAAGGUGCAAAAGUGUUAAUCAGCAGCCGUAAGCAAAGCAAUGUUGAUAAAGCUUUACAACAGUUGAAAGGCAAAGGACUCUCUGUUCACGGAGUAGUGUGUCAUGUAAGCAAUGCUGAACACAGAAAGUUGUUAUUUCAAGAGGCAGCAAAACUUGGUGGACUCGAUAUUCUUGUUUCUAAUGCUGCAGUGAAUCCUGAAGUUGGAGCAGUACUGGAUGCUAGCGAACAGUCAUGGGAUAAGAUUUUUGAAGUAAAUGUGAAGGCAUCUUAUUUGUUGGCCAAAGAAGCUCUACCUUUACUUAGGAAAAGUAAAGCUGGAAGAAUAAUAUUCAUUUCAUCCAUCGCAGGAUUCCAACCUUUUGAUUUACUUGGUGCAUAUUCUGUUAGUAAAACUGCUCUCAUUGGCUUAACUAAAGCAGCAUCACAACAAUUGGCUUCUGAUAAUAUCACAGUGAAUUGUAUUGCUCCGGGAAUUAUAAAAACGAAAUUUUCGGAAACGUUGACUACGGGUCCAGCAGAGGAAAUUGCGUUAAGUCAAAUCGCUUUAAAACGGUUUGGAACUCCAGAAAAUAUUAGUGGUGUUGCUGCAAUGUUAGCUUCCGAUGAUGGAGCGUACAUUACUGGUGAGAGCAUAAUUGCUUCAGGAGGAAUGCCUUCAAGAUUGUAAUUUUAACUGUGCAACGCUGUUUUUACUGUUACACUAUUAAUAUGAUUGAGAUAUAUUGCUACUCAUUGUGAGUUAUUGGCAAUAGACUUAAAAAUUAUAUUAUAUAAUAAUUGUU